AUGCCUCCCUGUCAGCUCUUGUCUUCUCUCGCUCCUCUCCUUGUUCUUUGCUGCCUCGUGUCAACAGUUGUGCCAGCAAACACCAUAACCCAUCAAGACCUCGCUGAUUCCAGAAAGAUCUUCGUGAAUGGGGAAGCCAUCAAUACCAGAAACGCUCCUUCAUUGCGCGACCAAUCAAUCUUGCUGAGUCAUCUGAGAAGAUUGUGGAAACGAGAUUCUAUUGAACAAUGGUACAUACAACUAAGUGAAGAUGCAAAUGUGACUUUAGUAGAAGAAGUAUUGCAAUCGAAGCUUGUACAUUACGUGCCUAACAUGGCGUAUAUCAUACUUGCGAGCGAAGCUGUGGCUAGGCGCCUUGUAAGUUUGACAGGAGUUUUGUGGGUCGGAAAAAGAGACAAAGCUCAUAUGCUGUCCCAGUACCUUGGGAGCGCGGAGACAGUAAGAAUACAAAAUUCUUUCUACCCUGAUGAUCCAAGCGAAGGAGCCAACUUUGAUGAUCCAAUUGAAGGAGCCAACUCUGAAGUGUCUCUGAUUGUACAUCUCAUAUCUAGAGAUGUGAGGUCUUCCCUGCGCAUGCGUCGGGGAGCUCGUGAUAUCCUUGUGGGGGAAGAUGAAAUCAUAGGCAGCCUUGAUGAGAGCUUCAUCCUGGCUAUGCUGUCAGUCGACAUCGUCCAGGCGUCACAAGAUCGCCUGAGAGUUCGAGUUGGAAGCCAUGAGAACUUAGAGGCGGUGCUGCAAACUCUGCAGUUAAGGGCUGAGGUGCUUUUUGUUGAACCCAAGUUGCGGUACUUCCCGCACAACUCAGCCGGCAUUCAGAUGCUCUAUGAUGGUACACGAACAGGAAGUCGAGACAACUCCUUGUAUCAAAGAGGUUUGAAUGGAAGCGGACAAGUGAUUGGCAUUGCGGACACGGGGAUCGACUGGGACAACUGCUUCUACUGGGAUCAAGACAACUCGAAGCUGAAUCCUGAAGCUGGGAAGCAACCUCCCUUUAACAGUAUCGACAUGUCUCGACGAAAGAUAGUGAGCUACAACUACAUCCAAGACUGCGCUGUCUGCGACAUGUGCCCCAAAGACAUCUCCUUGGACAGGGUUGACUUCGUAGCUCCCGGAGGACUGCUGCCCUCGGGAAGCAGCAGAGUCACCAACUUUCCUGCGGUGGAAUCUCAGUCACGUUUUGCUCCUAGACUGUACGAUGCGAUCGGAGCUUCGAUCGAGUACAACGUGAUCGGCGUCACUAGCAACUACCCCUCAGAGUACUCAGCUCCUGGCUCGGGGGCGCUGGACGCCCAAGGUCAACUACAAGUGUUCGUGUUGAAGAGGAAAGACGGCCCGAGCUUCUCGACGGCAAACCCGGACUACACUAAGUGCCUGAACCAGUGCGACCUGAUCAGUAGAAACCCAACAUCUCCAGCUGGAGGACUCCUACUUCCUCCGUCGGUUGGCGGGUACGUGGUCAUCAUCGUCAACCGAGGAGUCGCCAAUGGUCAGGGGAUCAACCUGCUCCUACGAGGAUACCUGCAGAUGAAGACUCCACAGAAACCCUGCGGGGACCAGGGAGACGACAGAGCGGGCAUGGCGUUCGCUCCAACGUCACACGCAAAUGAAGUCGCAGAGGCGUCAGAGUUCAACGGCAUCGCUCCUGCGGCUAAGAUAUACUUCAGCGACCUCAUGCAGAACGCUGACCCCAACUGCAACUUCGCGUCUGAGACUUGUAUCAAGGUCAACGACGUGACUGUUCCUCUGGACAUCUACAGUAACUUGCUCCAGCCCGCCUAUGACGCAGGCGUGCGCGUUCACCUGGACUCGUGGGGCUGCAAGGUGCCGCAAGGGCAGAACCACAGCUACUGUGCGGUUUACAACGCUCAGGCCAUGGACGUGGACAAGUUCAUGUGGGAUCAUCCGGACUUCCUCGUCGUCACUGCAGUGGGGGACGGAGGAGCUCUCUGGACGUACGACACGGUGGCAUCGCCUGCUACGUGCAAGAACUGCAUCAGCGUGGGGGCGAACUACAACUUCAACGAGGAGUACCGAGUAGCCGCAACCUACCGCGACCCCAUCGCUGACAUCUGCCCAUGCACGUACCCGCGAGAGUGCAGCAAGUCAGACUUCAUCAAGGGCGUGUACGUGACCUCUGCCAACUACCAGACCCUCAUGCAGUCCAUCCCCCCGUGCUGCAACGACACCGUCCAGGUGGAGUACACGCUAAACAGCGUUGAGAUCCCCGCCAACGAGAUGUUCACCCUCCAUAUCCCCAACAUGAGCAUCUUCGACGCCAACAUCCAGCAGUACGUCAAGGACAAUUUCCAGUGGGCGUCGCAAGGGUCGAGCAUACAGUACGAGAUCGAAGCGACGCCAGCUCCCUUCGCCACCCCCAACGCGGGGCUGGAGACGACUAGAGUGCAAGUGAUGCUGUUUUCUCGCCUGGACUUCUUCGAGUACUUUGAGAGCGGCGUCACCACCGGCCUGCGUCCCAACCCGUGCAUGACGUCGCAGCAGAAGCAGUCUGCCAAGGCAGAAGUCUGUCUGUCUCGACCAGCCAGCCAGGAGAUCAGCCAGUAUCUCUUUCAGCCCGGAUGCUCCUCCGUCAGCUACGGAGGCAGCACAGAGCUUGAUGACGUCACGUGCCACCUGGCGGAGUGCAAGCGAGACCCGAAGCCUGGAGAUCAGCUCUGGUACGAGGGUUGCCCUUCAGACGCAGACGGGCCCAUCAACUGCUGCAAUGACGAGUUUCUGAUGCACUUCUGCCUGAACCAGCCAUGCAAUGAGACGGGGUACAAGCUCUCUCGGGUAGUUCGACACACCUCCAACCUCAAAAAAGCCGACUCGGGCUACGGCAUCGCCAUCAGGAACCUCGCGCUGUACAAGGUGAUCGUGACGGGAAAGAUCACGAUAAGGAAGGCCGAGUACCCCUGCACGCUCACCACCUGCUGCGAGGCUCAAGCUGCCUGCUGUAGCGUCAACUACACCCGAGCCUCCCAGGUUUCCGACUUCUGCUCGCAGUGCAAGUUCGCUGACACGGCGGCGACCUGCACGCCCUUCGAGUCCAACGAGGUGCCGGAGUGGUCAGGGAGGGGAGGGCUGGGGAAGACGGAAGGGCCCGGGGCCGGGAGGUUCAAACCAGACGUAGUGGGGCCAGGAGACCUGGUGAUCACCGCCAACUCCGACGGGAACACGCAGAGCAACACAGACACGCCGAAUGGCGUCCAGUGCAAAAGACGGUCGAGCAUCUCGACAGCCGCCUACGGGUGCUCAGUGACGGCAGCAGACAAUUACGACGAGAUGGCUGCCGUCAUCUCUGCGAGCGGCACUUCGAUCUCAGCCGGCUUCAUCGCAGGCGCCGUCCUUCUCUUCCGGCAGUACCUUGCAGAUGGGUACUACCCCUCCGGCUUCCGCAGCCCCAGCGCGUCCUGGACGAGACCAUCGGCGUCGCUUCUCAAGGCGAUGGUGGUCAACGGAGCUUCUUCCAUCGGAGGCGGCGUGAUCGUCGACAAGUACCAGGAGCCACCAGCCUGCGCUGACCCCGAGACCUGCCCCGUGUGGGUGCAGCCUCCUCCUCAGAAGGUUCGCGUGUCGCUCUCGUCAUCCCCGAACGCGUACGAGGGGUACGGAAGGCCGAGGCUGGUGGACUCGCUGUGGUUCGGGGACUCAGCAUGGAGCUACUGGCUGAAGGAGAACGAGAUUGAUCAGCAGGGCUACAUGCACACCUACACCUUCAGACUGCUCGCCAUGAACGGCGAGCAGCCUCUCCGCAUCACGCUGGCCUACACGGACCCUCCAAGCACCCUCGGCUCCUCGGCUCCUCUCGUGAACGAUCUUGACCUGGUGGUGCAGCGGACGGCGCAGGUGAUGGAGUUCAACACGUCGACCGGGACCUUUUCGCCCACCCUCGUUUUCGAGCUCAACUACGGCAACGACGCGCUCAGGCAGGGGGUCAAGGACUUCACCUCCACCGUGGAGAAGAUCGAGCUCAAGCAGCAUCCGGAGUCCUCCAUCACCAUCGUCGUCGUCGCCUACUCCCUCCACCAGUACCAGGGGCAGCUCAAGCAGGCCUACUCGCUCGUGGUGGCUGGCUUGCUCCGACCCAAGUACUACGAGUGGAUGCAGAGCCCGAUCAAGCAGAAGAUGCUGCAGUUGGUAGCGAAUGGAAAUGCUGCCGGGUGGAAGCAGUUCGACGUGUUCGGAGUGAAUUACGUGCUUCUGCGAGACCUCAAGAUCCUGUUCCCUACGGUAAUCGAAGAGGAGCAGGAAACGAGAGGAGGAUGA